AUGCAGCGCUCAGGCUACCCCCAACAGCCGCCCGCGCACUCACCACCCCUCCACCAUCCCAUCCCGCAGCACGUCUCCACCGUCCCCCAGCUGCGAUCACCCCCUCCUCCACAACCGCCUUCCCAACCACAGAGCGGCUAUGGCUACGGCCAGCAGGGCGGCGGCUUGCCUCAGCAGCAAGGAGGCUUCGGCCAGCACCCGGCGUUCGGCGGCUUCAUCAACGACCCUAGCGCCCAGCUGGGCCUGCAGAUGGGCCAGACUGCCUUCAACGCAGGGCAACAGUACAUCGACCAGAACAUCGGCAAAUACGUCUCCGUCGGCGCCCUAAAACACUACUUCAACGUCUCCAACUCGUACGUCCUCUCUAAGCUGCGCAUCAUCCUCUUCCCCUGGUGGCACAAGCCGUGGUCGCGCCAGCAGCGCCACUCCACCGACCCUUCCGCUGCAGGCCCAACGCUGUACCUGCCCCCGCGCGAAGACCCCAACUCGCCGGACAUGUACAUCCCCACCAUGGCACUGGUGACGUACAUCCUGCUCUCCACCCUCCUCGCCGGUCUGCGUGGCGCCUUCCACCCCGAACUGCUGGGCUACACGGCCUCGGUCGCGAUCGCGGUCAUGGGCGCCGAAGUCAUCGUCAUCAAGACAGGAACGUACCUGCUCGCCAUCACCUCUUCCUCCCAACUCCUCGAUCUCGUAGCGUACUCGGGCUACAAAUUCGUCCACGUCAUCGUCUCCCUGCUCUUGUCGCACUUCCUGUCCUCGGUCGGCAUCGGCGGGUACUGGCUCAGCUGGGCCAUCUUCGCCUACUUCUUCAGCGCGAACGCGUUUUUCCUGUUGCGGAGCUUGCGGUACGUGCUCCUGCCGGAUCAAAGCGGGCAGGGCAAUUUUGGAGCCAGCGCGGCGGGUGGGUAUACAGUUGCGAAGGCGCAGCGGAAUAGGCGGACGCAGUUCUUGUUCGUGUAUAGUUAUUUGGUGCAGUUGGGGUUUAUGCUGUGGUUGAGCAAGGUCUGAGCUUGUGACUAGGAAGAAGCACUGCUCAGAAGACUACUCGGACGAGCUGCGGUGUGGCCGGUGGCAGAGCGGCGCCGCUGUAGAGAGGUCGCGGAGGGGCAUUUUGUUAUGAGCAUAAGCAAGCGCGGCGCACAGCAAGCAGGAUAUUCACUAUGGCCAAGCAUAUACAUCAGCGGGAGAUGCAACGCACUACAUCAGCGGGAGAUGCAACGCACACAUCGAGGUUGUCCGCCAGCGAAACGAUUUGGGACACGGAGCGUAUGCGCGACCCAUCGUGGCAUGUAUUUUAAAUACUUCAAGAAGAAAGG